AUGUUUUCUAACGGUGGGUUACUCAUAGAAGACUGGCUCCUACACCCUCCUCGACCGUUGGAUUUGACAAACAGUUGGCGUUACGCAGCGUUGGAAUCAUCUGUGAACAGCCAAGUGAUAAAACCUGUACCAAAUGAAACUUUACAGAUCGUGCUGUAUUUCGCCUUUCCCUUACUACCAGUGCUUACCAUAUUAAUUGCCUUGGUUAAUAUUGUACACGAGGCCAAAAAUUAUAUGUGUCCCCGCAAAACGUUGGCCAGUCGACCAUACGUCACACGUCAAUCUCAUUCGCUUAUGGUAUUCUUUGUUCUCGCGCUGAUCACCGCAACACUCACUUGGGCCGGGUGCCUUAUGCGAUACAUACCUAUGUCACCCUACGCAGAUCAGGACUCAGCAUCACUGCGUUCGACAGAGAAGCACGUGUCAAAUAAUCAAACCGUGAUUUCACACGGCAGUUCUACGCGCCCAGUGCCACACACUCAGUUUGCUACUCAACUGCCAGCCAUACUCACAAUGCAAGCAGUUUUGCGCCUCACUUUGAUUUGGAUAACCCUGGGAAUAAUGACCGAUAGAAUAUGUAUCCUCAAUCGAUUGAUUCAAAAUCCGGCCAGUGCUAGAGUUCAAUCAUAUGUGAGAACGAUUCACGAGCUCAGUGCUUUGGAUUGUCACAAUGGUUUCUGUCCUAUGAAUUUACUGUCCAUGGGUACAAAACAUGACUUGGGGAGACGUGAUCAUCAACAUUUCCAAGAGGGAGCUAACAGUGUACCAGCAAAAGGUUCCCUAAAUUGUUUUGGAAAGAUCUACAAAAGGACUUGUGUGUGGUUUCAUGAAACAAAUUGUUCAGAAUGUCUGAGUCACGAAACUUGCCACGAUCCGGAGGAGGCCUUAUGUUGUUGGUCACAAAGAGAAGGUCACACACAGUGGCAUGUGAAACGGGAACAUGCAGAACGAGGAAGCUGCUGCUCCGGUGGACUACCGAUGCCAAGCGAAACAUCUUGUUCAGUCGGUCAAACAUGCAUNUGCAUCACCACUGCAUUUCUGAUCUGCUUGGCGUUGGGUGUUUGUUUACCGCAAUUGUGGACCUAUCAGUUGACCAGGUUGGACAAGGACAAUGCAAUGGAUAAUGAUAAUGCUCUGAGACAACGCAAGUGGAUCGUAUGGCAACUCACCAAUCGAACCGGCCGAGCGUUGUAUGAAUACGGAUUGGCUAUUAUCAGCUUUGUCAUACCCGGUUGCCUACUCUUAGCAAGUGUGAUGCUUCUGAUCACGAAAAUUUGGAUGUCUGGCAGAUUGCUAUCUCGUGCAUUGGCAUCCGAACAGACCCAAGUGGAUCGGUAUUCCUUGGUUGCUCAUGAACGUCUUGCCGCUUACUGUCUCACUUGUUUGAAAAGAGAUUCACUUCUAACUUUGGCCUUGGGAAUAGUCUAUGUUAUCUCGUGGCUUCCUCAUACAACCGUUAUGACCGUGCACCGACUCAACUGUUUGUUGAAUACCGACCAAAGCGGAUCGUUUCAUUUGUUGGACAGGAAUGCCUGGCCAAAACAAAUCGGUUGGCUAUGGAUUGAACUCGUCGUUCUUCUUGGUGAUCUAUCCUCACAGCUUCUCUUACUGUUUAUACGCUUGUGCGAACCUGUUUACCAUUUGCCGGAGCGAGAAACACGGGAGGAAUCUUGCACUAGUGAACACAACGACGAGGUGGAUGCGGAAGACGGAAAUCUAGACGAGGGCUGCGGAGAGCAAGAGGAGGAAGAAUGUGACUAUUCGGGUGGAAUGAAGUCAACCGCAACGGCUUUGCGCUCUCCCGCGGCAAUCAGGUCCCAUAUAGCCCAAAAUCAACUUCAGAAAGCACGUACACUGAUUGCCGUUCCCAGUCCAUCAGACGAUGGGCAGACCAGUCAGAAUAUUUCACCGUUGCCAACUUCUCAUACUUUGUCGGAGUCUAUUCAUCCUAUUCAAUCACGCCCUGUUAGACGCUAUCCAAUGAUGCGUCCCCUGGAAGCCAGGUCAUGUCAUUCAAAUCCGUCACCAUAUCCGUCCCCCCUGGCUGCAAGAUUGUCUAGUCGCCGUGGCCAUUGUGAGCCGGCUAGCUUACAACUUCAUCCCAAUCAGCUCUCAUACAAUGAGCCCAGAAGCUCCACAGUGCUGUUGACCUAUUCACCUCGAUCAAGACACCCGUGCCGCAUCAGACAAGAACCAGUCCAGUACCAACAUCCUCCCACUCCGAGUUCACCCAAUUCACAUUGCACAUAUUGGCCAUCACACCCAUCACCUCCACCACUUCCUCCGCCACCUCGACAUUUGACUAGCAUGAUAGGAGAUUCCUCAAUCUACUCCACUCCACAUGGAUCUCCGAACGAACAGAAUUCGCACUCAGCACCAAGUCGCAAAACAUUGUCCCACUCACAAGACCCGCACAGUCAAAAACCAAGUCAUACGGAUGCGGAAGAGAACGAGCAUGAGAUAGAUGACGGUCAAGUUCAAAAUGCAGACAUUUUACAUUACGUUAAUGGACACAGUGAAACACAACAUCCCCAUCUAGUUCCGAACGGAUCUUAUUCGCCGAUAUUCUCCUAA